AUGUCGAGGUCGCCGUCGCCCCGCCCUGGGGGAUGGUCGAGUCCCGGCUUGAGCACACCCUAUGAUGGCAGCGGCCGCACCAGCCCGUUCGCGAAUGGCUCGUCUUCGCACAAUGUCACAUGGGCAUCAGCGCAGGCGCGGAGCGCAGAAGUUAAGAGCAACAGCGGCUUCAACCCCAGAGGCCAGGGCUUCUUCACCAAGCACUUCCGGCGGAUUUCGACGAGCCUGCCCAUGAGCUAUGGCGACAAAGAGAAGGUUGGGCGCGGGCGAUACCAGAAUAACAAAUUCAUGCAAUUCCUCAAUCGCAUUGCUUGGAACAUAUGGCGGCUGAGACGCUCGCUGGGCGUGGUGCUGUUCAUCGUCUUCAGCAUCAUCAUGUUCUACGUGACACCUCCAGCCCUGCAUCGAAUCUACAGACGAUCCGCCAUUGGUGGCGGCGGCAGCAAGUACGUCGUCAUACUCGCCGUGAACCAAGGAGGAGGUGUUAUGGAGUGGAAGGGUCCUCGCGAAUGGGCCAUUGAGAGAGACAGUGUCAAGAACAAGAAGAAGUACGUGAAGAAGUGGGGCUACGAGCUGGAGAGCGUCGACAUGAGCACCAAGAAGCGCUAUGCCCACGAGUGGAGAGAAAGCUGGGAGAAGGUCGACACCAUCCGCAAUGCCAUGCGGAAGUACCCACACGCGGAAUGGUUCUGGUGGCUGGACACCAACACCUUCAUCAUGGAGCCAUCCAAGUCUCUGCAGAGCCAUAUCUUCAAGCGUCUUGACAAGAUCACCUACCGCGACAUCAACACAUACAACCCGCUGAACAUCACCCACCCUCUUACAGACGAUUAUCUCGACCCCGAAACACGCUCGCCAGUUGGAGACGGCAAAGUCGACUCAAUAAACAUGCUCGUUCCUCAAGACUGCGGCGGCUUCAAUCUGGGCUCAUUCAUGCUGCGGAGGAGCGUGUGGACUGAUCGAUUGCUAGAUAUCUGGUGGGACCCCGUUGGCUACGAGCAGAAGCAUAUGGAGUGGGAGCACAAGGAACAGGACGCCUUCGAGUACAUGUAUCAGAAUCAGCCCUGGAUUCGCCCGCAUGUCGCCUUUAUCCAACAGCGACAAAUUAUGAGCUUCCCGCCAGGAGCAUGUGGCGAGCAAGGUGACAACCCGAACAUCCACUACUCAGAAAAGGAGAGAGACUUUUUAGUCAACAUGGCAGGUUGCGAGUGGGGUCGCGACUGUUGGGCCGAGAUGUACAACUACCGCCAACUCAGCAACAGACUGAACCGCAACCCUUGGGAGAAGUUCAAAGACGGGAUCAGCGAAUUUUUCGAGAAGAAAAAGAAGAAGAAGGAGGAGGAGCAGAAGAAGAACUGA